GUUUAUUUCACUAUGAACUUUCGAAUGGAAUAGACGGGAGUCGUUUCGGAAGGGAAAAUCGUGAAACCUGAACAAUCUGCCAUAUUCAAAUACCUAGUGUUUAUACGACUGUACUGAAAACAAGUGACUAGCAAAUUGUGAAGUUGUAAAAAGUGACCCGAAAUUGACUAGUGUGCUUCGAGGAUACGCAACUCUGAGUGAAAAAAUCUCAACAUUCUGCGGUGAACACUCCCAAACACCAUUUGGGAAUCACACAGAUUCUUCUUUUUUACCCAACUUCUCUCUCGGAAGUGCGACUGCUGUACAUCUGCUCGCAGGCACAGGAAGGAGCCCAAUAUGCCCUUUUCCACCGUCAGCAGAGCAUCAAGGAUAUAAGCCACCCUUUCAGUGCAUUUAAUUCCUAAGCUAAGAAUAGUGUAAAGUUAUUUUAGACAAGACUUAAUUCUUACAUAACACACACGAAAAAAUGCGGUUAAAGCGUGAAUCACCCUGUUUGGUACUUCGCUUCAUGCCGAUUAAUAAAAUAGGAGCCAACCACAAAGACUACAACCGGAGGCGUCGGGAUUCCUCACCAUCCACCCCGGGCAGUCCUGAUUGCGACAGCAUGUACCCCGCCUCGGAGUCAGCGGCAUCGGGCAGUCGAAAGUUCAGCCGGAGUUGCUCUAGUCCAGCUGUGUCUUGUGCAGAUAUCGAGUCCCAAUUUGACAUCGAGACACAUCCAGCAUCACCAGUAUUUCCUCAUUUGCUGCUCGGCAAUGGACGGGACGCCGUGGAUCCCACCAGUGUUGGUGCCAAUUGUGUACUGAAUGUGACAUGCCAGCCACCGAGUGCCAAGCCAAAACCCGGGCUGCAGUACAAACAGAUUCCGGCCAGCGAUACACCACAUCAGAACAUUAAGCAGUACUUUCAGGAAGCGUAUGAAUUUAUUGAGGAGGCGCGCAAGCAAGGUUCCACAGUAUUACUCCAUUGUCAGGCGGGCAUCUCGCGGAGUGCAACGAUCGCGAUCGCCUAUGUGAUGCGGUACAAGUGUAUGUCCCUAUAUGAGGCCUAUAAAGUCGUGAAGAUGGCUCGUCCCAUCAUUUCGCCCAACUUUAACUUCAUGGGACAGCUGCUGGAGCUGGAGCAGACGCUGCGAGCCACGGGUGCUCUGGCCCCGGCUCCCAGCUCCUCCACAUCGUCCGAGGACUCGGGCAUCGCUGACGAGGAGGCGUCGUCCACGUCAUCGCUGUCGCCGCCGUCCUCGUCGGCUUCCUCGCUGCCCACGUCCCCGAUCGAGAGGGACUUUUCCGAGGACGCCACGAGCAGCUCCUGCCUGAACGGCCCGCCAGACUAUCCCAUGGAGCAGCCGGACAAGGAGUCAUAGGAGUCGCCGGGCGGAGGGCAAGAGUCCCUCACUUGUAAAUAUCUCUUGUAAAUACGGAUUUGAUUUCAUCUUUCUUUUAAUUAGGUUGUGAAUUAUUGUCAAUCGUCUCUUUCCUUUUUUAUUUUAAUCAUAAGCCAUUUGAUUUUGGGCUCUCGUGCAAGUGAUAAGCGGGUAAAUUUGUCAGACGCCUGCACAGAGUUCCCAACAUUUAUUCAUCAUAUAAUGUGAAUUGGUAUUGUUUGGAGAAGUGCGAAAGUAUAUGAAUACACUUUCUAUUAUUUUUUCUGCUCAUACAAAUAAUACAAUUUCUUCAUACACUUCUUUUCCCAUCAAAAAAAAGAAAAAUAAUUGACAUGAAAAAGCAUACAUAAUAUAAAAAAAUAUGACAGAAUUCGAAAAUCUAGUCUUUAGAUGAAAUAUAUUUGAUGAUGAACACAUGAACUAUUUAUAGCUGCUAGAUAAGAAAGUGUACAGAUAAAUGUAGUUGUUAAGACAAUUUUCAGUGGAUUUCACUUUGAUUCAAUAUCUUUUUAAGAUGCAUUAAAUAUAUCAAGGCUGUGUAACAACAAUACAAUAAGAUGAAGAAGAAAAACAAAUAAAUUACCUUUUAAAUCCUAUCUUAGCUGUAGUGAGCGAGAGAAUAUGAAAAAAAAAUCGAAACUAUGAUAUCCAACCUACAACCACUAAAACAUAUCUAAUUAAAGCAGAGAAUUAGAAUUCAAUGUUUAUCGAGCGUAUCAAUAUCAUAGAUGGAAGCCUUAAAGAUUUUUCUGUAUAGCCUGUAAAUGGAUGAAAAUGCAUUUUGCCUUUUAUAAAGCGCCGAAAUUUUCACUGAUAGUGUUAUCACGUGAUGGAAAUUGUCAGAGUUUCUCCAGUUGACGAACAGGUUUCGUCUCAACUUCCGCGUAGCGAAAAAAAAGAAACACAAAGAAAGAAACCCACGAACUGAUAGAGAUUGGUGAAUUUUUUAUCACAAAAAGCCACUAUAUUUAUGUGAAAGUACAUAAGAUUCUUUACCACAAUUAAUUGUAUUUUGUGAGUGACACAGAGCAAAUCCCCUGUGUCCUUUUGUAUUUGCGCGUGCAGUGGAUUUAAAUGGAAUUUUAACUUUAAAGCAGAAACUCCCCUCCGUCGCCACUAAAAGGGUGUGAAUUAUUUAUAAACCGUUGUAUGUUUUCUGUGGGCGACUGGCGGGUGGUUGGACAUGAAAUUUGUAUAAAUAGAAUUACUUGAGAGAAUACAAAAAAGUUUAUUUGUAAGGUGACAAAAAAAAAACAGAGAAUAAAAUGUGUAAACGUUCUUAUUUGAGAGAAAA